AAAUACAACGUGCCUGAAAGGCAGGCCCUGAGCACAUUCCUCUGGUAGACAUUAACUUAUUAAAUCGACCCUGACUGCAAAUAUAAACUUUGCCCCCAUCUCACCUGGCAACCAUAAAAGAGAUGAAUUUCAGUCUAUAAAAGCAAGUAGGAACUGUUGCUGGAUUCCGGGCUCCAACAACCUCCCUCCGGCAAGAUGCGGCACCUCAAGCUCUUUGCAGUGCUCAUGAUCUGCUUGCUGCUGUUGAACCAGGCAGAUGGCUCCCCGGUACUGGAACUGAGUUCAACAAAGAGAAGGUCACGGAGAAUGACCCCGUUUUGGAGAGGGGUCUCCCUCAGGCCCAUUGGAUCCUCUUGCCGGGACGAUUCCGAGUGUAUCACAAGGCUAUGCAGAAAAAGACGCUGUUCCCUAAAUGUGGUCCAGGAAUGAUGUA